AUGGGCACACCCAAGGUGCUGCAGAGCGAGCAGGGGCGUCCGACUUCCCCGAGGCAUUGCCAACCUGUUCCGGGCGUCACUCGCAAUGGCGGUACUGCAGUUCCUGCGUCGUACCCGAAGCCGAAGUUCAGUCUCGUCGAUCGGUUCAUCGAUGAACCUCGCCCGUUGAGAGUCGGAGUCAUUGGUGGGGGCCUUGCUGGGGUCCUGGCUGGAAUUCUCCUCCCUGCUAAGGUCCCCGGUAUCAAGCUGACCAUCUACGAGAAGAACCAUGACUUUGGAGGCACCUGGUUGGAGAACGUCUACCCCGGAGUCCGAUGUGAUAUCCCGUCUCAUGUGUACCAGUCCACAUUCGCACCAAAGCUCGACUGGUCCGACCAGUUUGCUCAUGGUGCCGAGAUUAGGGAUUACUGGCAAUCACUGGCCCGGGAGCACGACGUGUACCGGUACGCAAAGUUCAACCACAAAGUCGAAGAUGCAGCUUGGGACGGCGCAGAGGGUGUGUGGCUCCUGAGCGUGCAGAACCUCGAAACUGGCGACAUCCUCGUCGAGAAGGUGGAGGUCCUGCUCACGUCGAUAGGGAGGUUCAACGCCUGGAGAUUGCCAGACUACCCGGGGAUUUCAGACUACAAGGGCGUCCUCAGGCAUGCCUCGAACUGGGACCCCUCGUUUGACCCCAAAGGCAAGGCAGUCGCUGUCAUCGGAAACGGAGCCAGUGGCAUCCAGGUCGUGGCCAACCUGCAAAAGGUGGUCUCCCGGUUGGAUCACUACGUGAGAAACAGGACCUGGAUUGCAGCUUCCUGGGCAGGCGAUGAACGGACUCUAGAGUCCCAGGCCAUAUCGGAAGAGCAGAAGAAGUCCUUCGAGGACCCCCAAGUCUACCUUGCAUUCCGGAAGGAGCUCGAGGACAAAUACUGGCGACGGUUCAGCAGCUUCUUCAAGGACUCGGAGCAGAACAACGAGUUACGGAAGACUUUCACCGAAAUCAUGAGGAAGCGGCUGGAAAAGAAACCCGAGCUGCUCCAAGACAUCGUCCCGGACUUCUCACCAAACUGCCGACGCCUCACGCCCGGGCCGGGAUACCUAGAAGCCUUGACCGAGGACAACGUGGACUACAUCCGCACGCCCAUCAGGCGGUUCACCGAGACGGGCAUCGAGACCGCCGACGGCACCCACCGCGCCGUCGACGCCGUCUUCUGCGCCACGGGCGCCAACGUCGACAUGGUCCCGGCGUUCCCCAUCCGGGCGCACGGCCGCGACCUCCGCGACGUUUGGCGGGCCUCCUCCGACAGCGACGGUGACGCGGACGACAACCAACGGCGGGGCUUCCCGUACACGUACCUCGGGCUCGCGACGCCCGGUUUCCCGAACCUGUUCUUCGUCCACGGGCCGCACGGCACGGGGCCGUCGGGCACGGUCCCGCACAGCGUGGAGAACCAGCUCGGGUACUUCGCCAAGGUGCUGCGGAAGCUGGCGCGCGAGGGCGUCAAGAGCGUGGUCCCGUCGGCGGCGGCGGCGGACGAGUUCGUCGAGUACGUGGACGCGUUCUUCGCGACUACCGUGCUGGCGGAUGGGUGCAGCUCGUGGUAUAACGGGGGGAGACCGGGGGGGCGUAUCCACGGUGUGUGGCCGGGGAGUGCGGGGCAUGUCACGGCUGUGCGGAGAGAGCCGAGGUGGGAGGAUUGGGAGUAUGAGUAUCUCGGUGAGAGUCGGAAUAGGUUUGCUUGGUACUUUGGCAAUGGCUGGACUGCCAAGGAGCAGGAUCCGAACUCGGAUAUGACUUCAUAUCUUAGGGUGCCUGGGGAGAUUGACCUGAGGGACUUGCAUGAGUCUUGCGACACCGACAUUGCUCCCCCAAAGGACCAGCAACAUCCAGUGAGAUGGUACCGGUCGACCUUCUACAACAUGACCAUCCUCGGCCUGUGCAACCUCGCAGCACCGGGGAUAUGGGGAGCCAUGAACUCCCUCGGCGCCGGCGGGGCCGCGAAGCCGCACCUGGUGAACUCGGCCAACGCACUCACCUUCUGCCUCAUGGUCGUGUCGUGCUACUUCUCGAGCGUGCUGGUGCACUACAUCGGCAUCAAGGGGGCGCUCAUCUUCGGCACCGUCGGAUACGCCCCCUUCGCGGCGGGCCUGUACACCAACAACCGCUUCGGCACCGAGUGGCUGACGCUGUUCGGGGCGGCGCUAUGCGGCGUCUCGGCGGGGGUCUUCUGGAUGGCCGAGGCGGCCAUCGCCAUCGCCUACCCGGAGCCGUGGAACCGCGGGAAGGCCCUCGGCUACUGGUUGACGUACCGGCUGAGCGGGCAGAUCCUGGGCGGGGCCAUCAACCUCGGGCUCAACGCCGAUCGCGACGAGGCCGGGAAGGUGUCGUACACGGUUUUCCUCGUGUUCAUUGCCAUCCAGGCCGCGGGGCCGCUUGUUGGGUUCUUGCUUAACAGUCCCGGGAAGGUGGAGAGGAGGGAUGGGAAGAAGGUCAGCCUUGCGAUUGUGGAGAAUCCGUGGGCGGAGAUAAAGGCGACGACGAGGCUGUUCUUUAGCAAGAAGUUCCUUCUCAUUGUCCUCUUUAUUGGGCAGGCCGUGUUUGCUGAGGCCGUGUUCUUCACGUACCUUGCCCUGUGGUUCACCGUUCGAGCCCGGGCUCUGGGCUCCUUCCUAUCCGGUAUCGUUGCUGUAUUAUCAGGCAACCUCUUGGGGCAUUGGCUGGACCGGACAAGCUUCCCCCUGAAAACCAGAGCACGGUCGUCUUUCUGGACAAUCGUUACUCUGCAGGGUGGCUGGUGGAUCUGGGCAACGGUGUUGGUUACGAAAUUCCAUCGUACGAGGCCAAUAUUCGAUUGGUCCAGCUCAGGAUUCGGCAGUGCGUUCGGAGUCUUCAUCUUCCUGACCAUUGGCUUUCAGAUUAACUAUCUGUUCCUGUACUUCAUAAUUCACAAUCUCGCAAAGGACGAAUCCGAAAUCAUCCGGUACGCGGCACUGCUUCGGGGAACAGAGUCGGCCUGGCAGGCAUUGAGUUACGGCUUGGAGGCUGUGACGAUCUUUGGCGAAGUCGGAGGGGUAUAUUUGAACUUUGGGCUGUGGGCAGCUUCCAUCUACCCGGCAUGGUUAGUUCUAAGGCAUUUCGGUGCCAGCAAGGACGAAUUCGAAGCCAGCCCCAACCCCGAGCCCAAGGACGGGAUCCGGGGAAACUCCAACUCCAACUCUGGAGAAGAGACCGAACAGGUUAAACUUGCGUGA